AUGAGGCGCAAGCGCAAGAAAGACGACUACCCGAAGGACUGGGAUGUUGUCGAGGAGAGUCAGGACCCCGACGAGUACCCGCCUCGCGUCACCAGGCCAGACGUCAUCGCCAGGCGCGCUCGUAACAAGAUCACGAACUGCGUGGCGGUUAAAACAAGCUUGAACACCUUUUUCAAGCGCGGAGGAAGGUUCCUGCCCGGCAGGGCGUUGCCAUGGGAGGAAGUGCUCGCCGACAUGAAUAAGGGGUACUGGAGGCAGAACAAGGAGAUACCGAAGCUCGACGGCGGGUUCUUUCGAAGUUGCUUGUUGGCAGUGAUGAAACUGCUUCGCUACUCCAAAGUCAAGGGAGAACUUGGAGAGUCUCUAAAGACCUACAACUCGAGUCGAUGUGCACGCUCCCCUCAAGCAAAUGGCGGGUACAUCAAUCAAGGAUGGAGUCACAACACCGGAGACCAAAUGGCCAUGAUGACGAAGAACGCGGUGAGCAUGAACUUCUACCGACGUUUUCACACGUUUCUCAAGCGCACGUACAUGAUUGAUGGAAAGAAAGCGUACACGCUUCUCAAAUGA